GCCUCCGUCCUAUCCAGAGCUGCGUCCCAACCGGCUCCUCGGCGGGAAGCGAAGACAAACGGCCUCGAAGAAGAACCCAGCGUCCCCCUGUCAUUAAUUAACACGAUUCUGAAACAAUGGAUGAGUGAAAAAAAAAUCAGAAACAUCCAGUGAAUUCCUCAGAGGAACGUCGCCGACGCACCGAGGAAACUUUCUGCCCGGAUUUUCCGCCUGCUGAGGAUUGUAUUUUUCUUUUCUUUUUUAAAAAAUAUAUUUCUCCCUUUUUUUAAAAAAAAAAACAUAAACGACAGUUUUAGACAUUUUUCUGCUUUCUGAAGACUUGUGUUGGGGAUGUUGAGCUCCGUGAAGAUGGAAGCGCACGAUUUACCAGAGUGGAAUACCUUUUACAGCGAGCCCAGCGAGAUGUAUUCCUCUCCCAGCACCAUGAACCCCGGGUUGGGCUCCAUGAGCUCCAUGAGCUCCAUGAGCUACAUCAACCUGAACCCGGCCACGGCCUCCCCGGCGGGCAUGAACAUGGCGUACCCCAGCUCCAGCCUCAGCAGCUCCUCCCUGGCCUCCAUGGGAACCGGGCCCAGUCACAUGUCUCUGUCCCCGGUGGCGUCCUCCCUGUCCUCCAGCGGCCUCACCCCGCUGGGCUCCACCGCCCCGGCCUCCCUGGGCUCCCUGUCCCACUACCAAAACAUGAGCCAGUCCAUGAGCCAGCUGGGGUAUUCCUCCGCCGGCUCCCUAAGCCGGGCCGGCCCCAAGGAGAUCCCGCCGAAGCCGUACCGGCGCUCCCUGACGCACGCCAAGCCGCCAUACUCCUACAUCUCCCUCAUCACCAUGGCGAUCCAGCAAAGCAGCAGCAAGAUGCUCACCCUCAAUGAGAUCUACCAGUGGAUCAUGGACUUGUUCCCCUACUAUCGCGAGAACCAGCAGCGCUGGCAGAACUCCAUCCGCCACUCGCUGUCCUUCAACGACUGCUUCGUGAAGGUGGCGCGCUCGCCGGACAAGCCGGGCAAAGGCUCCUACUGGACUCUGCACCCGCAGUCCGGCAACAUGUUCGAGAACGGCUGCUACCUGCGGCGCCAGAAGCGCUUCAAGAUCGAGGACAAGGCGGCCAAGAAGGGAGCCAAGAACCAGGAGGGGGCGUCGGGGAAGGGAGACCGCCUGGGGGAGGAUCGGAGUCCGACCGGCGGCUCGGAGGGAGCGGAGUCCGCCCACUCGGACAACUCCCACCCCAGCUCCUCCGACGACCAGCCACACCAGAGAAACACCCUGGUUUCCCUGGACUGCCCCCCGCUGUCCUCCUCUCACCUCCACAGCCCGCCGGCCUCCUCCGCCUCCUCCUCCAUGUCCCUCUCUGGAUCCUCCCCCACCUCCAACUCUCUCCUCCACUCCCAAACUUUGGCCGGCGGCUCCCACCUGCUGCCCAGCGCCAUGCAGCCGCACAUGGACCUACAAAGCGACCCGCUCAAGUCGUUGGAUCCCCACUACAACUUCAACCACCCGUUCUCCAUCACCAACCUCAUGUCCAACGAACAGAAGAUGGACCUCAAGUCCUACCAGGACCAGUUCAUGGCCUACAACAGCUACGCCAGCAGCUCGCCGGUGGGAGUCAAGCAGAUCUAUGACAGCUCCAGCCCGGCCGCCAUGGACUCCGGAGCGUACUACCAAACGCUGUGCAGCCGCUCGGUGCUCAACGCCUCCUAAUAAGGACAAACACACACACAUAUUCACGCACACACAGACACACACACACACACCUUUCUGCAAGCGGUGAACCAAGAUGGAGGCCUCUCUUUCUAAAAUGGACACCGAAGCUCUUCGAGGAACUGGAAACAAACUGUUUGCUUUUCUCAAAGAAGGAAACUAUGUAGUUACACGAGAAGCGAUGAAGAAGACGCAGCUAACUACUUUCAUUAUAGGCAGAGUUAUUCCAACACCAUUUGUGGCGCCCGCUCUAAGUGGCACCCCUACACUGCAAAAACACAAAAUCUUACUACCUACUGCUUAGUUGUUGUUUUUUUUCUAGUUUAUAGUGCAAAUAUGUAAGUACACCUGAAAUAAGACAAAACUAACUCACAAAUAAAUCUUAAGCAAGAAAUAGGAGCUUAAUUCAGUCAACAAUUUUUUUAAAUAUUUAGGAUAAAGUUCCACUGCAUCGUUACCUAGCAAACCCAGUCAAACCCAGUUCGAGCUCCGGUUCAUUUUACUUAUUACAUGGGAUUAUUUCACUCUUUGUAAGUGAAAUAAUCUGCCAGUUGAACUCGAACCGCGUUGCCAGGUAAUCUUCUGCUUCUUCAUAACAUGAAGGAAUUGCUGAAUUAAAACAAGCGCCUACAUCUUGCUGAAAAGUUACUUUUGUCUUGUUUCAAGUGUAAUAAGAUAUUUGCGCUCUGACUCGGAGCUAAAAUACCUGAUGAGAUUUUGUGUUUUUGCGUCAGAUUCUGUCUCUGCAGGGCGAAAAUUAAACCUGUACGCAGUGUAAAUAAAGGGAACAUGCAGGGGAUGAGAGGAUGAGAUUUGUGUCUAUUUAUGAAGGGAAUAAAUUUUAAUAUAUCUUGCACUGAAAAAAGAAAACGGGUAAUCCAACUUUUAAAAAAUGAGUUAAAUUGCUAGAAGUAAUCAAAUUAAGUUUAUCCAAGUAAAUAUAUGAAGUUCAUUAAGUUGUCAGAUGUAAAUAAAGUAAACUUAUUUCGAUGUGAAACAAAUUAACUCAGUUUUUUUGAGCUGGAGCUCCGUUCUCUUGUUUUUCAGUGAAGUCGCGUCGGUUACAACCCAAAGCUCAAUUUUCAGGUUACUGCUUCAGUAAUUUCAGCGUUACAGCAAUUUGUUUUGCAAACCUUACAGUCCUGAUAGAAUAACACAAAGCAACUGUGGUAAGAAAAAGAAAUAGACUUAACAGUGUACGAAAAGUUGUUUUCAUGGCCCAAGAUGUUCAUGUUGUUCCGUAAAUAUGGCAGCGAACAGACAGUUACCGAAAAACGGAGGAAGAGAUGCACUAAGAGGAGGAUUUACAUACAGUACUUUGCACUCUGGAGCUCCCACAGGCCAGGUGAGCUGAUAGCGCGUGUGUUGGCGUGUGUGUUGGCGUGUGUGCAUGUGUGUGUGUGUGUGUUACAUCAACGCCCUCCUUGUGUCGGAACGGGGGCUGGAGGUGUCAAGUGACCCUCCAACGUCCAAAAAGUGCCUUUUCUUCAAACGCCUGCUGAUCUGAUAAGAGAUCGAUCUGCUGAAGGAUUUUUUUGUUUGUUUGUUUUUUUUGCAGAAGUUUCAGGUCACAUGAUGUUUUAGUUUCAAACAGAAAUGUCUUUUAUUUAAGCUAUGUUGCUUUACGAACUCUGAAAGUGUGCUGAUAUAAUAUAUAUUUUGUUUUUUUGUUCUGUUUUUGUUUCUGUUGUUGGUGGUUUUACAUGUGAUUAAAAUGAUUCAUUUUUCUUAUUAAAAAAGGCAAAAAUGUGGGGAAGAAAUUGUGCUUUUUUCAUUUCUCUUUUAAAAUGAAAACAGGAUUUCUUUUUUUCUUUUCUUGCGUCCAGUCAAUCAGUCUGGCUGCGUUUAGCAGCUUGUUG